AUGGUUAUCUUGAGAAAACUUCCCAAGAGGACCCAAGGCCGCAAGAGAAUCGAGAUCAAGAAGCUCGAAAAUCUCAACAACAAGCAAGUCACCUUCUCCAAGCGCCGCUCUGGAAUAUUCAAAAAGGCAGCGGAGCUGAGCGUUUUGUGCGGCGCUGAGGUGGGAGUCAUUGUUUUCUCCACCGCGGGCAAAGUGUUCUGCUACGGGCACCCGAAUGUGGAGACAGUGCUAGACUGCUACCGUAGUGGGGUUGCUCCUUCUACGGUGUCUGAUGACACCGCAGGAGACCAAAACCCUAAUAGAGUGCCCAUGGCGGAGUUCAACAAGGAGUACAUGGAGGCAAUUAAAGAGUUGGAGGAGCAGAAGAGGAGGGUUGUGGAGGUGAAAGAGGCGGUGAGGAUGAGGAAGGUGGUGAUGGGGGUGGUGGGUGGGUGCGGUGAGAGGUUUUGGUGGGAGGAUGAGAGUGUUGAUUUGGAUGUGUUAGAUGUGCAGGAAGUUGAGCAUUACUUGAUGUCAUUGGAGAAUGUGAGGAAGAAGGUGGCUGCUAGGCUUCAUGAGGUGAGAAUUCUGAAUGGGACAUUGACACCGGGGGCGCUGCCGCCCUUACCGGCAGUUCAUCGGCUUUGUCACUUGCCGAUGAUGACAAAUGGUUUUGGUGCUCAGGGUGGCCAAUUUGGUGGUGGUUAUCACGGUUUUGGGGUUUAG